CUUCCCCUCCCACAAUCCUUUCCAGUUCCUUUCUCUACAGCCACUUCCGCUAAAAAGGAUGGCACCUCCAAGACGCCGUGAAAACAAGAAAGCUGUCACCAAUGAGGUGAUAACAAAAGAGUGCACUAUAAAUUUGCACAAACGCAUCCAUGGAAUUGGAUUCAAGAAGAGGGCACCUCGUGCUAUCAAAGAAAUUCGCAAGUUUGCAGAAAAGAUGAUGGGUACACCAGAUGUGAGGAUAGAUAUUCGACUGAAUAAACAUCUGUGGUCUCAAGGUAUCCGACACGUCCCUCAUAGGGUGCGGGUUCGCCUUGCUCGCAAAAGAAAUGAAGACGAAGACUCUGUCCACAGGCUUUACACACUUGUUACAUUUGUUGCAUGCCCUGACUUUAAAGGCAAGCAGACACUCAAUGUGGACAACGAGUAACAGAAAAACUAGGCAGCGAACGCAGAAUGUGUCUAAUAAAGUUGGAGAUUAA